GUUCAACGUUGGACAUGGUUUGCUUCUGUUUUCUUGUGGAUCAGAGGAGGAAGGUGCGGCGGAGCAAGCCGGCGGCGGGGACAUGCUCGCGGUGCGGCGGCGGCGCCAGCGUGGCCGAUAUGAUGACACAAACCAGAUUUUGCUAUGUGCCCUUUUACUCCAAAUCAUGGAAAGCUAUUAUAUGCACUUUUUGUGGAGCCACUCUCAAGUCUUACACAUGACCAUCUUCUUCAUUCAUCCAUCCAUUUCUUCUAACUUUCACAUCUUUUAUCAUCGUCUCACAAUACCUUCUUCUUCUUCUUCUUCUCACUCCUUGAUAUAUAUAUGUUCAUAAUGUAUAUUAAUGUAUUUCUCUCUUCAUUUUUAAGGUACUUAAUAUUAUUGAAUAUAUAGUUUUAUUCUAUUAAUUUCUCGUGUCUUGGGUGAAAACUAGCAAGUUGGAUACUUGUUUAUUGUAUGAAGCGAUAGGAUAAAUUUUUACGUGUUUCAUAUGAAUAUAGUACAGUCUAUUUUUAGUUUUGAUUUUUUUUUUAACUUUUUUAAUCUCUGGAGUAUUUAUUAUCGCCCAUUUUGGUUCUGGUGGCAGAUCCAACGAAAUUCACUUUUCAUGUCACAUAGA